AUUAUUUUGAAACAACGAUUGAUCUUUUGUUGAAUAGAUACUAUUAUGAAGAACGAAUGAAAAUUUUUAUCGUAUCUUUUCUAAUUAUUGAAGAGAGGGGCGUUCAAAGGGGGCGUGAAACAGCAGUUUGAAUACGACAUAACAAUAUCGCGUCAUGUGGGAGGCGGAUUGGGCGGUUUCGAUCGGUUUUGUCUACCACUCGUAGAAAUUUGACUAAACAUUUAUUAAAAGUGCUUCGACAAUAUAAAAAAAAACACAACAAUUGUCUUCACGUUCAUUCGUGUUUCAAUAAUAUUUCUAAUUAUGAAUAUUUAAAGUGAAGAAAGAUUUAUAUAUUAAAUUGUUUAAUGGUAGAUGUGUUAUAGUUUAUAACUUGUGGUGUGAAAGAAAACUUAAUGUGUUAUAUUGGAAUUAAACGUUUUUCUUUUUUUACAUAAAUUAUUUUCAAAGAAAUCCGUCUUUCUGUGCGCACUUUAACGGUAUCCCUUUUUUAAAAUAUAAAUAAUUUAUUAAUCAUGUCGGCGAAUCUCGUAAAUUUUUUUAUUUUAAAAAAACAAAUUUGCCUACUUUUAUUUAUGCUGAGUCAAGUCAGCAGUGGACAUGAAGACGAUAUGCACACGAUACAAUAUACAAAAGAGACAUUUUUGGAUGAAAUCAAAAAGAAGAAUAGCUUUGUGAUGUUUUAUGCACCUUGGUGUGGUCACUGCCAAAGAUUAGGCCCAACAUGGGCACAAUUAGCUGAAAUGUACAACGAAGGAGAUAGUAAUAUAAAAAUAGCAAAAGUCGAUUGUACCAUUGACAGUACUCUUUGUAGCGAGCACGAUGUUACUGGUUAUCCAACACUUAAGUUCUUCAAAGCAGGAGAAUCCAAAGGUACUAAGUUUAGAGGGACACGAGAUUUACCUUCGUUAACAUUUUUUAUCAAUGAUCAAUUGGGAGGUGUAUCAACGGUAGAAGAUAAUACACCUUCUCCUCCAGAACCGGUGAAUGGUUUAUCUGAAUUAACGGAAGAAUCAUUUCAUUCUCAUGUUGAGAAAGGUUAUCACUUUAUUAAAUUUUAUGCGCCUUGGUGUGGCCAUUGUCAAAAAUUGGCUCCAACAUGGGAAGAAUUAGCUAACAGUCUUCGUAAUGAUGAUUCUGUUAGUAUUUCCAAAGUAGAUUGUACUUCAUUUAGAAGUAUAUGUGAGGAAUUUGAUAUAAAAGGAUAUCCAACUUUACUUUGGAUAGAAGAUGGAAAGAAGAUGUAUAAGUAUACUGGUCAAAGAACUCAUGAAGAUUUGAAGGCUUAUGUAUCAGCGAUGCUUAAAAAAAGUGCAGAACAGUCUUUGAAUAAAGAUAAAAGCUCGGAUAGUACCAUUCAUAAUGUAUUGAGUUUAACAGGUGAUAGCUUUGAACACAGUGUUGAAAAAGGUGUUUCAUUUGUUAAAUUUUUUGCACCUUGGUGCGGACAUUGUAAACGUCUCGCACCAACUUGGGAAGAGCUUGGUAGAAAAUUUUUUGCUAAUGAAAAUGUGCAUAUAGCCAAAGUGGAUUGUACACUUAAUACAAGCAAGCAGUUGUGUUAUGAACAAGAAGUAGAUGGUUUUCCGACAUUGUACUUAUAUCGAAAUGGUCGUAAAGUUUCGGAGUAUAAUGGGCCCCGUAAUCUCGAUGAUCUCUAUGGAUUUGUCAUGAAUCAUUUACGAUCUCACGAUGAACUAUAAUUGCAUACAUUGUUAUUAUUAUCGUCAUAAACAUCGUAGGAAAUAUCUUUAAGAAAUGUGUAUUAUGAAGAUUUAUGAUCAAAGCUUGGUGAUUUGUAUAUUUUAUGAACGUACUUUUACAUUCGAAGCAACAUAGACACACAAGCACAGAGGAUAAUUGUUAUGAUCUAUUCUGUAAUUAUCACUAUCAUAAUUUUAACAAUGAUUAUAAUGUAAAUUAUUUUAAUUUUAAAUAACGGAAUUUUGGACUUACUAAUAUGGCAAUUAUAUCAUUAAUAUACGUGUGCAUAGAUCAUUUAAAAUCCUGAAAGCGCUGCGGCUGAAGGGUAGAAUGAACGAAGUAAUUGUCCACGUUGUCUGUCUAUAUACAAAGUUUUUCGUUUAAUUAAUAUCUCACGUUCUAAAUCACCUCUAGCUUUGACCAAGCCAGCCUGUGUAUCCUCGGCACUUUUUAGUUCGCCUAGAGUGGCAGUAACGCGUUCUCCCAGAGAUUUAACUUCAUCUACGAGCCUUUUGAAAGAAAAUUAUAAUAUAUACUCUUACUCGCGAUUUAUAACUUAGUUAUUCUUAAUAAGAGAUAUCCAUAUAACUUACGCGAAUUGUGGAACAUCGCGGCAACUCUCAACGUUACGUCGUAAUAGACGUUCCGAUAAGCGUGUCUGUGCCAAUUUCAUUGCAUUAUCCAAACCCUUCGUGGAUCCUCGAAGUUCUUCGAUCAAAUUUUCUGUAUUCGCGAGUUCCUGUAAACACUAAAACAAUUUUCUUCCUAUAGUAAUUUAUAAUAAUUUAUGCGAAAUAUUAUAGUCAAUACCCUUUGCAAUUCUUUUUCUAACUGUUGACAUAUUCCUUCUGUUAGAUUGAUUUGUGCAGCUAACGCAAUGUCCACCUGACUCGCUUGAUCGCGUAGAUCUUUCAGUGAUUUUUUAUAAAUAUCACUUAAAGUCGAACGAAGAGUCAUUGAUCUUUGUCUCACGUUUUCACCGGCGGAUAAUGUUUCUCGUGUAAAAUGUUCGUAACUCGCUGGUGUUGAUUGUCUAAUAAUGAUAUUAGGAAUUUAUGAACGAUAGAUAAUAUCGUUAAAUUAUAUAUUCCCUUGAUGUAACUUACUCGGCUGGAAAUCUUGUAGCACCGGGCUUCCACAAUAUGAGAGGUGAUUCAUUGUUCAUUUUGAUACAAUUAGUAUCAAUUUUAUAAGCAUCGAUUUUAUCGGUCCAAUCAUUUUCCAUUCGCGCUUUAGCUGCCUUCAACUCGAUUAAUUGCAUUUCUAUUUGUUCACGAGUCCUAUUAAGCAAAUCACGUAUUUCCGAGCAAAGUGCUACUUCCUGUAUAUGACAGAAAAAAAAAAAAAAAAAAAAAAAAAAAGACCCAUUGAAAAA